CAUCCUCACAGCGGGCUCCGCGGCAAGCGGUGUGAGCAUCCUCACCGGACUGCUUAUCAUGGACCAUGCAUCUUCAUCAGCUUCGUCAUGACAUUCAUACCGCGGAAGGACUUUUGCAUAUGUACGUAUGCCACCAUGUCAACACCUGACCCCUGGAUAAGCCACAUUCAAGCAUGUCACCAUCACAACACCAGGUUUUUUUCCUUAACUGAGCAGCGCAUCAGCCUAUCGCUGCAAUGUGUGGAUAUAGUUUCUCUCGUUAAGCACCACCGCAUGACGCUCUUGUCCCAAUCGCCACCCAACGGCCGGCAUUCCCACAGGGAAAAUGAACGCCUCAUUCCGCUUGCAUGCGGCGCACUUUGGGCCUCAACAAACAUUGGACCUGCGCCCAAACUUCGAGCCAAUUACGACUCAUACUUUGCUCGGCUACGCCUUCGAGGGUGUGGCUUGUGA